GCUGUAGGAGGGGUAAGAAGAGAGUAGUGGGUUGGGAGUUCCUGUGCCUGAAACAUGGAUGUGACUACUCUAGCUCCUGUUUCAUUGAAGCUUGUGAUAUAUUUUGGCCGGGAAUGUGCUCUUGGGAGAGGGACCACACCUCCUGCAGCGUUUGAAUCAGAGAAACUCAGCCAUGGGACCAGGAGCCGUGAUGUCCUCCUUCCCUGACUGUGCAGCCUUGCCACCUCCUGCUUGUGUACUGAGAGCGUGGCACUGCCCAAAGGCACCCUCCAUAAAGAGGGUGGAAGCAAGUCUCAUCUAUUGAACUGGUGUGCAAAGGCAGAGAGUUGGGUGUAGAUACUGCAGUGGACCUGCCAUUUCUGCCCCUAGGUUGAAUGGCUGCCGAGGGCUUGUAGCUUUGCAAUGUGGAUAACUUGGAUGUGAAGGGUGCUGAGUGUCCUUGUUGAUUUUACCUGUUGGAAGCAGUGACCAUUACAGUGAGCCUUUCCACCUCUGCCACACAGGCACCAUGAGACACCGAAGAAAUGGCAAUUUCGAGAGUUCCAGACUUCUCUGUUCCAGCAUGUCUCGCAGCAUGGACGUGUCAUACAAUGACAGUGAUUUGGUCAACUUCAUUCAAGAAAACUUCAAGAAGAGAGAAUGUGUCUUUUUUACAAAGGACACCAAGUCAGAGGGCAACUUGUGUAAGUGUGGAUACCCUGAAAAUCAACAUAUAGAGGGCACUCAGAUUAAUAACAAUGAAAAAUGGAAUUAUAAGAAGCACACUAAGGAACUUCCCACUGAUGCCUUUGGGGACAUUCACUUUGAAAACAUGGGAAAAAGAGGCAAGUACAUCCGUUUGUCGUGUGACACAGACUCUGAAACGCUCUAUGAUCUCAUGACACAGCACUGGCACCUGAAAACCCCUAACCUUGUCAUCUCUGUCACUGGAGGUGCAAAGAACUUUGCACUCAAGCCCCGAAUGCGCAAGAUAUUCAGCAGGCUGAUCUACAUUGCCCAGUCCAAAGGGGCCUGGAUUUUCACAGGAGGCACACAUUACGGGCUGAUGAAGUACAUCGGGGAAGUGGUCAGAGACAACACCAUCAGUCGGAGCUCGGAGGAGAAUGUGGUGGCUAUCGGCAUAGCAGCCUGGGGCAUGAUUUCCAACCGAGAAAGCCUGAUUCGGAGUGGUGAUAAUGACGGGUACUACUUGGCCCAUUACAUAAUGGAUGAUCUCAAGAGAGACCCCCUCUAUUGCCUGGAUAAUAAUCACACCCAUCUCUUACUGGUUGACAACGGCACCCACGGGCACCCAACGAUAGAGGCAAAAGUACGAACUCAGUUAGAAAAAUACAUUUCGGAGCGGGUUAUCCCAGAAUCGAAUUACGGUGGGAAGAUUCCAAUUGUAUGUUUUGCCCAAGGUGGAGGGAAAGAGACUUUAAAAUCUAUCCAUGUGGCCAUCAAGAGUAAAAUUCCCUGCGUUGUCGUGGAAGGCUCUGGACGGAUCGCUGAUGUUAUAGCUAGCUUGAUGGAGGCAGAAGGCACUCUGGCUUCUUCAUGUGUCAAGGAGAGCUUGCUCAGGUAUCUGCCUCGCACUAUUUCAAGGCUCUCAGAAGAGGAGACUGAAAGCUGGAUCAAAUGGAUCAAAGAAGUCCUCGAGAACCCUCAUUUACUGACAGUUAUCAAAAUAGAAGAAGCUGGAGAUGAAAUUGUGAGCAAUGCCAUUUCUUUUGCUCUCUACAAAGCUUUCAGCACAAAUGAACAUGACAGAGAUAACUGGAAUGGGCAGCUGAAGCUGCUGCUGGAGUGGAACCAACUGGACCUGGCCAGUGAUGAGAUCUUCACCAAUGACCGAAACUGGGAGUCUGCUGACCUGCAGGAUGUCAUGUUCACAGCCUUAGUGAAAGACAGGCCCAAAUUUGUUCGCCUCUUCUUGGAAAAUGGCCUGAACCUGAGGAAAUUCCUUACCACAGAGGUCCUUAAGGAACUGUACACCAACAACUUCAGUAGCUUGGUGUUCAAGAACCUGCAGAUUGCAAAGAACUCCUAUAAUGAUGCACUUCUCACAUUUGUGUGGAAGAUGGUUGAGGACUUCCGAAGAGGUCUUAAAAAAGAUGAUAAAAAUAGCAAGGAUGAGAUGGAGAUACAUAUUUCAAAUGAGUGCCCUAUCACAAGGCAUCCAUUGCAAGCUCUGUUUAUUUGGUCAGUUCUUCAGAACAAGAAAGAGUUGUCCAAAGUCAUUUGGGAGCAAACCAGAGGUUGCACUUUGGCAGCCCUUGGGGCCAGUAAGCUUCUGAAAAGCAUGGCAAAGGUGAAGAAUGACAUAAAUGCUGCUGGUGAGUCUGAGGAACUCGCUAACGAGUAUGAGACAAGAGCAGUAGAGCUGUUCACCGAGUGCUACAGCAAUGAUGAAGAUCUGGCUGAGCAGCUGCUGACCUAUUCCUGUGAAGCCUGGGGAGGCAGCAAUUGCCUGGAACUAGCAGUGGAAGCAAAAGACCAGCAAUUCAUUGCACAGCCAGGGGUGCAGAAUUUCCUUUCCAAGCAGUGGUAUGGAGAGAUUUCAAGAGAUACUAAGAAUUGGAAGAUUAUACUGUGUCUCUUCUUUUUCCCUUUAAUAGGCUGUGGUUUCAUCUCAUUCAGGAAAAAACCUGUGGAGAAGAGUAAGAAACUCUUCCUGUAUUAUGUGUCUUUCUUCACCUCACCCUUUGUGGUCUUCUCCUGGAAUGUUAUCUUCUACAUUGCUUUCCUGUUGCUCUUCGCCUACGUGCUGCUUAUGGAUUUCCAGAAGGAACCUACUGUCCUGGAGAUGAUCCUUUACGUGCUGGUCUUCAUCCUGCUUUGUGAUGAAGUGAGACAAUGGUACAUGAAUGGCAGUAAGUAUUUCUUAGAUCUGUGGAAUGUUAUGGAUACUCUAGCCAUCUUCUACUUCAUAGCAGGAAUUGUGUUCAGGCUGCACUCAUCUGAUGAAAGCUCUUGGUAUUCUGGGAGAGUCAUUUUCUGUUUGGACUACAUAGUUUUUACUCUGAGACUGAUCCAUAUUUUCACCGUUAGCAGGAAUCUAGGACCCAAAAUUAUUAUGCUGCAGAGGAUGAUGAUAGAUGUCUUCUUCUUUCUCUUCCUCUUUGCUGUGUGGAUGGUGGCCUUUGGUGUGGCCAGGCAAGGCAUCCUGAGGAAGAAUGAGCAUCGCUGGGAGUGGAUAUUUCGAUCUGUCAUCUACGAGCCGUACCUGGCUAUGUUCGGCCAGUACCCUGAUGAUGUUGAUGGUACCACCUACAACUUUGACCGCUGCACCUUUUCUGGAAAUGAGUCCAAGCCCUUGUGUGUGGAACUGGAUGCCAACAACCAGCCCCGCUUCCCAGAGUGGAUUACCAUUCCCCUGGUGUGCAUAUACAUGCUCUCAACUAACAUCCUCCUCGUGAACCUGCUUGUGGCCAUGUUUGGUUACACCGUGGGAUCAGUGCAAGAGAACAAUGACCAGGUGUGGAAGUUCCAGCGUUAUUUCUUGGUCCAAGAAUACUGCAGUCGCUUGACUAUCCCCUUCCCCUUUGUCAUCUUUGCCUACAUAUUCAUGGUGAUGAGGAAAUGUUUUAAAUGCUGCUGUAAGAAUGAAAGUAAAGAGCCAUCUAUUUGUUGCUCAAAAAAUGAAGACAAUGAAACUCUGUCAUGGGAAGCUGUCAUGAAGGAAAACUACCUUGUCAAAAUCAAUACCAAAGCAAGCGAUUCAUCGGAAGAGAUGGUGCAUCGAUUCAGGCAGCUGGAUGCAAAGCUUUCUGAUUUGAAAGGCCUCCUAAAAGAGAUUUCAAGCAAAAUCAAAUGAUUGCAGCUGAAAUCCUAAAGUAACUACGUGAGCAGGGUGCCAAUUCACCUAGAAUUUUGGAGCUGGCAGUAACCACCAAAUAAAUGGAGACAAUUGGAUUUUUUUUAUUAUUUGGUUUUGAUAAGACAACAUGUUCUGCUUGUUGGAUGAUGAUAUUAAAACAUAAAGACUGUUUCUCUUCUGUCAGAACUCCCAGGUUACCCAAGCUUUCCUGUUUCCUCAUCUGCCCAGAUGUUCAAUGUCAGAAGGUAGUCCUUAUCAGCUUCUGUUAAAAUGUACUGUUAAUUCCAAGUGCUGUGCUGCUGCUGCCAAAAUCAUUCUGCUUUUGAAUUUCACUCAAAAGGGUUUGUUCAUGGGACUCCUUUACACAUUAAUUGCUUGUCUUAAUAAAUCUCCCUUCCCUCUUCAUGCAGUAACCAGAUCUAGCUUGUUAAUUAUACAGUCUGUCUGUAAGACCUGCUGAAGCUUGUAAUGCUGGUAUGCCAGAAUGAAGCGUAUUGUGGCAUCAUCCCCCUGGGGAAAGAUAAUCUUUGGUCCAGCACCAACAUCUUGGACUUCACUAGAACAGUGUAAACUUACUCCUGCUCUACCUGGAACUGUGCAGCAAUGCAGAAGCUCAACUGUUGCACUCUUGCAUGGAAGGGAUACAAUUCUUAUUGAAAUAGUUUUGAAAGGCUUUGAGUGUAAUCUUUGCUUUUUUUCUGUGGGGGUAAUUUUUAUACUUGGAGCAUUGUAAUUUGUUUUAAUUUUUUCAAACAUCUGUUUGCAGAUGUUUGUAUAAUGGAUAUAAAAUUGCAAAGAUUGGCAAGCUUUACAUCUUCUUAUACUUGCUGUGGUGAGGUUGCUGUUGUCUUUCUUGAAAUAGCAGUGCAAUCUUGUGGUGGUUUGUGUGGUAUAAAUGGUGCAUUACCAGCUGAAGGAAGACUACUCUGAAUGGCAUGCAUAUGCCUUGGAAAAUACUGUAUCCAUCUUCAUCCCCAAUGACUAGGAACAAUCUCUCAACAUGUUUGAUUCUGGAGACUUAGAUAUUUUCCUUUUGCUGGCAAUGGCUAUCUUGGUCCAUACGCUUUAUCAUGACUUACAGCUAGUCUGAGGGCUGUCAGGCAAAAUAUAUGAGUGCUUAUGCAGAUGAUAUGUGAGAUCUCCAAGUGACUAGUUGGUGGUGGUGGAAAGGGAACGUCUGUGGUAGCAGAACACUCCUCAGGCGAGUCAACUUGACUUGUGCCAGUAGAGCCAUUUACUGCCUGGCUAGAAACCAAAGCCUAUGUACGAAGCGUGUUUCUGUACACAGUAGUAUUAUGUAGUCCCUGUGUGCUGUGAAAGCAUGUUGACCCAUAAGAUGAAGACAACCAGGACAGGACAGGGCUACAAAGCACGGACAUUUGGGGAAAUGUUUCUGCUUCUGAGAUGCAACCAAUUGAGGUGCAACUGACUGACCAAAGAGGCCAGUACAUGUGUGUGUUUUACCCAAAGCUGGGGUCUAGAGCAUUGCCAAUAGCAGUGUUAGUAACUUAUAUAUGAAGUAUUUCAGUCUUUUCCUGUAAAAAAGAUUGCAAAGUCCUCAGUAAGACCUUUGCUUAUUUCUGUGGCACAUAGCUCACAUCGUAAGUUAAGCCUUAAGAUAAGCCUCCUUUCUGGAAACUUUCUUCAAUGUCACUUGUAUGCCUCAAAGUGAAAGUUGUGCUUUCAGUGCAUUUCUUUCACGUAUAAAACCUGUAGUGUACUUGCCAGAAGAUAGUGAUGUGCUCCUAUGUAAAACGAUGAAAGUAGCUUUGAGACAUGGCAUGAAAAAUCAAAACCCUGCAGCAGCUUGUCCCAGCCCCAGCUGCUGCACCAGCAGCAGGAAUCGGCCCCAUGGCUACAGAGCCCUGAGUGCCCAACAUGGGCCUGAGGUGCCCAGGGGGCUCCCUGGCACCCUGUGGCAGCCCUGCCCAUGUCUGGGGGAGCCUGGCUGGGUCCCUCACACAGAAGUUUUGGAACCAGGCGUCCACAAAGUGCUGCCUUGACAUAGCUCAUCAUACACAACUGAAACCUUUAAGCAAGGGAGUCUCUACAAUGUUUGGUAAUGAGAUGAGGAGUGACCAUGGACAUCUAUCUUACCACACAGAUGUUUGCUCUAUGAUUAUCUCGUGGCAACGCUUUUGAAAGAUCUGGGGAACAGUAAUGGUGAGUUGGGCAUCUUCCUGUACUAAAAGGCACGUGCGCCAGCUUUGCUGUCAUUUCUGUGAGCACGAGGGUCUGUCAGGAGUAGGAAACCUGGCAGCUGUUUUGGAAGAAAGAAAUGCCUGGAAGAUCUGUCUCAUCAAGGUGAUGGUGAUGUGUGAACAUGGAGUGAGAAAGUGGCUGCUUCGGGGAAGGAAGUGUGCUGCGGACAGACCAUUUUGCAAAGGAUUUUUGAGACGUUUCCAUCGUUCAACGAUUUGGCUGCUGAGAAUGACAUAAGCAAAUGGCCUGUAAAACCAUCGUGUCUGUAGGCUUCCAAAGCCUGGAGCUAGACUUCUGUAACCUGCUCAGCGAUCUCUGAGACAGAGGAGUGGAAGUGGAAGCUUUUUGUUAAAAAUAUAAAAAGGCUUCACCACUUGCCAGUUAGCUUGCCAGAACUACCGAGCGGUGUGCCUCCCUUGCAGCUUCGUGCGUAUGGUAGGUCUCGUUCUCUGCGACAGCAGCCAUAAAGCCAGGUACGCUGGUUUACAGUGAACCUGCCUGAAGCUCAAACGGAGCCUGCAAAUCGCUCUCUGGCAGGGUGUGAAGCCAAGAUGCUCAAAGGUAAUAAGUCCCUGAAACAUCACUAUGGAGAACAUGCUAGCCAUAAUACUCGCUGCUUGACAGUAGUUAUCAACUGUAGUGAGAGCAAAACAGGUUUUACUGUCCCCAAUCAAUAAACUAGUAUACAAAAUUAUUUCAUAAAUAUUGUUUCUUUCCCCUUUGUCUCAUGUUAUUCUGGUUUCUCCUCCUGGGCGUGCUUCCCUGCACCCACCAUGCUGGAGCACACCAGUGCCUGUACAUACCCUCUAAACACACCUGUGCGUGCCCGGAGCCGAGGGCCCAGACGUUGUCACCUCAAGUUUGGUAACGCUGGGCUGGGCCCUGUGUGGGAAGGGGGCGAGGAGGCAGCCCCAGGGGUCCCUUCCCACUGCCCACUUGGUGGCCCUGUGGCUCGGAGAGCUGUGGGGACGGGAAGCUGUGAGGGGACAGGGUGGCGAGAGGGCUGUGGAGAAGGGGUGUGAGGUCACAGGGCUCUUUGUGACCUGGCGUGAUGUGGCAGGUGAGGUGGCAGCGUGUCAUAGAGCCCUUUGUGACCCUCUCAAGGGGUCUCUAUUUAGGGAUGGUAACAGCAAGCAGCAAGCUCACUUUGCCUGGAGGACGUGUCGGGACAGGACAGGAGGGAGUGGGACUGUGAGGAGCCCCUGCACAGUGCCCUCAUUCUCUGCUGCCCCUGUUCGUGGCACUUCGCUAAGGCGUUUGCCAUCCCUGUGGCCAAGAGCCUUUGAGGUAGGGCCUUGUUGGGAUGGAGGGGAGAUUCCCCAGCGAGCCCAGGACGGCCUGGGAGGAGGUGGAGCAUGAAAGCACCAGGUUCAAGCUGUCACAGCGGGGAGGCGGGGCGGUGGCACCAACAUGGGCAGGUGAGUGGCUAUGCUGGCCAGUGGGGCAGGAGCUGGCAACCAGCUCUGCCACUUCCCAUUGUCUAUGAGGUAUCCUGCACUGUCCAGGGCCUGCCCCGCUGGGUGUCCCUAGGGGGAGAGGGGCGGGGGGACUGUUCCUGCUUCAUUGGACAGGCAAGGUGGCAGGCAGCCAUCUUGUGUAAGGGACUUCUGCUCUUGGGCAGCAAGCUCCUUGUGGGGCGUAGGGCUCUCCCUCAUGGCCAUGCUCCCACCGUGCCUCACCUACUGGACAUCCCCAGCCCCGAUGCGUGGACAGAGGGAUGGGGCUCGGUGCCCCCCCUAGUUCCUAGCUGAGGGGUCGCCCUCCCCGGGGAGUGGGGGACUCAGUUAGGUCCCCCAGCCUCUCUGGCAGACCCUCAUCUGUGUGUGUGCGUGGUCUUCACCAAAUCCAGAUGCAGCCCUGUCAAAAGAGGCAGUGGAGGAGGAGCUGUGGCAGGAGCUGGCCCUGGAGCGCAUCCGUGACGUCCUGCAGAAGAAAGAAAAGGUACCUGUGCCGUUACCACCUUGGGCAGGGCCUGCUCAGCCGAGCACUGCCCUUAGGACUCUCGGUGUGUGGCAUCUCUCAUCCCUGUUCUCCCUUCUCUCUUAGGAGUAUGGGGAUAACCUGAAGCCUGCCACAAAGUGUCAGAUCAUCCUGAAUGCCAUCGAGGAGGCAGCAGCUUCAGGCCAGUUCAACACAGAAGAGGUCGCUAUGAUGUUGCAUGGCCUCGUGGAACUCCACAUCUCCCUUUCUGAGCACGUAAGUAACCUGUGGUGGGGCUUGAGCCCUUCGGGGAUCGUGUCUGCCCUGAAGCUGAGUCUGCUGGCAACUGCACAUGCAUUUAGGCCAGUCCACAGUGGUGGGAGGCUAAGAACUACUUGGUGGGAUCAGGGGAAAUGGUUCACACUGGCAGCAGCCCCACUCAACCAUGUCUCUACCAGGUGCCGAAGAUGGUGAGGAGCAUCUACCAUUGGCUCGCAUCCGUCAGGAGUCCCAAGCACAGGCUGGCCAAGAGCAUUGGGCCUCUGGCCAGGGAGCACCCCCACGACGUGGUGGUGACGCUGCUGCACUG